GCGAGAAUACCGAUUUGUGAGCACUUCGGCCUAUUUCUCCGCUGCACCUUCCCUCUUCGACUGGGUCUCCCGAGAGCUGCUGUCAAGCGGGCGUGCUGCAUCGGCAUCGAUGGGCUCAAAUCCCCAAAUAAGAUUUGAUGUGCGCGACGGAGAUGACACAAUCCAGAAGAAGCCGUGUUUGUUUUGUGCAGCAAUGAAGCCAGGGGGUGGAUAGUCAGUCAGUCAAUCAGUCAGUCAGUCAGUCAGUCGCCACAAACAUUUCUGCAUUUUAGCACAUAUUCCAUGCUACGGAUUUGCAUUUGCUGCAUCGCCGAUCGACCGUGUUCUCUGGUCUCCAUUUUUUUUUCUCCCCCCCUGCAAAGUGCAUGGUGGAUGGAAGAUGCAGCUGCUUUGAGGACACCCCCCUCCGGAUAUCAAUUCCUGCCAUGACAGGCAGAGGUCUGCGCUCAACCGCGGCUCGGCCGGUUGAAGAAGAGGCAGAUUGAUUCGGGACGGCGGAUGUUAUUCUGCCGGUGGAGCCGACAAAAGCGCUCACUCAAAACACGCCGCGAUUGUCACUCAGGGAAAGGGGAGGAAAAAACAUGUCCUCUCGAUCUGCAUUACCGUCUGGCAACGACAGGAGUACUGGAGACCAUCAUGUGUUGUUGGGGGCCAGCCGUGCGGACAAGGCGACGAGUCAGUCCAGCCGUUCGCUCGGUGCACGGUGCAGGAACUCUAUCGCCUCCUGCUCCGAUGAGCAGCCUCACAUUGGAAACUAUCGUUUACUCAAGACUAUCGGCAAGGGAAAUUUUGCCAAGGUCAAGCUGGCGCGCCACAUCCUGACGGGCAGAGAGGUCGCAAUAAAAAUCAUAGACAAAACUCAGUUGAAUCCAACCAGCCUACAAAAGCUCUUUCGAGAGGUACGAAUAAUGAAAGGCUUGAAUCACCCCAACAUAGUGCAGCUGUUCGAGGUGAUUGAGACAGAUAAGACCCUUUACCUGAUCAUGGAGUAUGCCAGUGGAGGUGAAGUGUUUGACUACCUCGUGUCUCAUGGAAGAAUGAAGGAGGUUGAAGCCAGGGCCAAAUUUCGACAGAUUGUUUCCGCUGUCCACUAUUGCCACACUAAGAAUAUUGUCCACCGAGAUUUGAAGGCCGAGAAUCUCCUGCUGGAUGCAGACGCCAAUAUCAAGAUUGCAGAUUUUGGUUUCAGCAAUGAGUUCACACUUGGCAACAAGCUGGACACCUUCUGUGGCUCACCGCCCUAUGCUGCCCCUGAACUUUUCCAGGGAAAGAAAUAUGAUGGACCAGAAGUGGAUGUCUGGAGUCUCGGAGUCAUCCUGUACACACUUGUCAGUGGCUCGCUGCCUUUUGAUGGGCAGAACUUGAAGGAGCUGAGGGAGCGUGUGCUGAGGGGAAAGUACCGCGUGCCGUUUUACAUGUCCACAGACUGUGAAGGGAUCCUUCGGCGAUUCUUGGUGCUCAAUCCCGCCAAACGCUGCACCCUAGAUCAAGUUAUGAAGGACAAGUGGAUCAAUUCAGGGUAUGAGGGUGAGGACUUAAAGCCCCAUAUAGAACCAGUUGAAGACUACAGCGAUCCCGCCCGCAUCGAGGUGAUGGUCGGCAUGGGCUUCACUCCCGAUGAAAUCAAGGACUCUCUGCUCAAUCAGAAAUACAAUGAGGUCACCGCUACCUACUUACUGCUGGGCCGCAAAGGCGAUGAGGGCAGCGAGGCCCGCACAGCCAGUAGCCUGUCGUUGGCGAGGGUGCGACCCAGCCCCAUCACCAACGGAACCAACAAACACUCUUCAACAGCAGCUACUGGCUCCUCUUCCUCUUCCACCUCCUCCUCCUCACACAGUAAGACACAGCGCAGUGCCUCCACUUACCACAGGCAGCGACGACACAGCGACUUCUUCCUCCACAACAAAGGCGGACCGUCCAUGCCCGUCAUGCAUCCCAAACGGAGCCCGACGAGCACGGGCGAGAGGGAGCUGCGAGAGGGACGGAUGCCUUCGCGUAAGGCCAGUGUCAGCGUGAUGGGAAGCCAUAGCCUUCCUCCUUCUAGUCCCAUGGUUAGCAGCGCUAAUAACCCUAACAAGUCGGAGAUACCGGACCGCCGUAAAGACAUGACCGCCACCACGAACAACAUCCCUGGAAGCGCAAUGACACGCCGCAAUACAUACGUGUGCACGGAUCGCUCGGGUGCUGACAGGCACUCUCUCCUGCAGAAUGGCAAAGACAACAGCUCUUUGGGCCACCGCAUGCCCACGGCCUCUCCUUCCACACUCAGCAUAUCCGGAGCCGGAGCGGCGUCUUCCUCUUCUUCAGACCGAUGCCGCUUGACUCGAGGCUCCACAAUCCGCAGCACCUUUCACGGGGGACAGCUGAGAGACCGUGGGCCUCCCAUUUAUUCGGCCCCGCCCACUUCACCCACGCUGUCCCACCAUGAUGCCAGCCCUUUGCCCCAUGCUCGCACCAGGGCCACCUCCAACCUCUUCACCAAACUGACCUCCAAAAUCACUCGCAGGGUCACAAAUGAAUCUGAGGGAAUCAGGAGAUUUGCGCUCACAAGUUGCCAUCUACCUGGGUAUCAAAAAGCGUCCGAGCCCAGGACCGUCGGACGUGGCCGGGAUCUAAGAAGCGGUGGGCGGCGGGACCCUGCGGAGGUUGUGCUGGCUCUGCGUGAGGCAGCACUGGGAUGCGGCUGCCAGGUGCACCAUGCCGGCCCCUUUCUGCUCUCCUGCACCCAUGGCGCGGCAGGGGGCCGUGUGGCUUUUGAGGCCGAGGUGUGCCAUCUUUCCGCCGGCGCCUCCGGGACUUCAAACGGGGUGCGCUACACACGACUCUGGGGGGCACCACUUGCUUUUCGGGACGUCGCCACCCAAAUAUCCAAGGAUCUGGAACUCUGAACGGAGGCUGCUGCGGCCCGCCGGGGAUGUGUCAGUGUGUGUGCGAGUGUUUGAAAGAGUGCGUCAAAUUUGAAAAUGAUAGAGCGAGCCAGCAGAGAAGUGGCAAGGGGUCUCUUCCCGGCACGCACGCACGCACACUUGACCCUUACAAAGACACACAUGCAGCAAGGCGAGCGCCCCCUCUCUCAAGCCACCCCCUCCCCCCAUCCAAUCACCCCGCAAAAGCUCAGCUCUCCUCGCUGAGAAACUUCACCCACUGGACCUGGAUUUGACUGAAUCUAGUUAAAUAUUUUUUUCUACUACUCUAGCCAUAAUUCUAAUAUUAUUUUUUAAUUUAUUGCUCUGAUGGUUGUUUUUAAUUCACUCUUAUUUUUACUAGUGCAGAAAUACACUGACUGACAAGCUCGUCCACUUUCUAAUAUUGAUAUGGGUUCAUCUUUCCGUAUUCCAUUUUUCAUGCACUUCUGGCUCGGUGCCAAGCAAGCAGUGGAGUUGUGUUGUUUUGAUGAGUCCACAUUGCUGCGCUGGAUUAAGGUCAAUGAUGAGAGCAGAGCUGAGCAGAUGAGAGCAGAGCAGGGUUUGCCAGUCAGAAGCUGACUGACACGGUCGGUGGGCUUAACUAGCCGACGGGUAUUUUUGGCUUCAUGACACAUUUUCAGGUGGCAGAUGAGCAGAAAAGUGCUUUGGCAACAUUGAGGCUGCAGACAGCGCAUUCAAUGAAUGGAGGUUUUUACUGAAAAGAUUUUCACAUCGUUAUGCCCAAUAAUAUUCAUAUCCUGGCCAAAGUUGGACUCAAUUUCCUUUUUUUUAAUUUUUUUUUUUUAUGAACGGGUCUUAAGGUGGAAAUGGUACUCGAGAGGGGAUAAACGACUGUACAAAGUUGUUUUAAGGGAUAUUUAAUUGCAACAUUUUCUAUUAAGCUUCUAUUUCAUAUAAUUACAUUGCAAUGGAUUGGUACGUUUAACUCUUAAAUACAAGCCAAAAAGAAAGGAGACAAAAUGAAUCCAUUAUUUCAUGUUUUUUUUAUAGAUUUUUCUCAGUGUUCAAUUGAAAACAUGCAAACAGCAAUGCACUUAUUUAACGCAUCCAAAAUUUGGCCAGGGUAGGAAUAAUCAAGGGCUUAAGGAAUGGCAGGUUUUCAUGUUAAGGUGCUUGUCUGAAGCAUUCGAAUGAUCCUGCUGUGUCAUCCCUUCACCUUUUCUUCAAAUGCAUAGCACUUAUUCUGACACCUAGUACUUGACAGAAUCUGUAGCCCUCAUUCACUUCAGUAUGAUUUCAUGGGGCAGCUGAGGAUGCGUCCAUUAGUAGUGACCAUGAGGGUAGUAAGCUGUUGUGCUAUCACAACAACUCUGCACCAUCACCAAAGUGGAUGAGCCAAGUAGCAAAAGCCAUCACAUGAAAACACACUCCACCUUCUUCUUCUUCUUCUUGUGGCUGGCACACUAUAUAAACUUGUCUGUCCAUUCUUGAUGACUGCGGGCUGUUGCGUACAAAAGGGGAGUAUCGGAGAAGGGCCAUUUUGUUUUCCCGUCUUCUCGUUAGUCCAGUUGCCUUUAAAGUGAACUACCCCAGCGCCUUCACACACAGUAUAUAGUAUUUAAUGUACAAAAGACAGAAAGAGCCACGACUGCUUUCGUUUCUCUCUCCCUUCCUGUUUUUAGUGAAUACCGUACUGUGAUAUUGACGUAGGCUGCAGAGAUCAUGUUGUUUGGCUGCUGAUUUACUGUUAAUACUAUUUCUCAAAUGUGGCUUUUCUCAUGGUGACCCCAAACUAACAUCCAUCCAUCCAUCUAUCCAUCCCUCAUGUCCAUCUCAUUUUCAUACCUACUAUGAAACAGGGAUGCCAACCUCAACACGUUCAGUCAUCUGCUUUUCCCCUCAACCCCGAGACCGUGUUUGUGCUGGGAGUCAUUAUACAAUCACGUAACAGACCAAUGUAUGACAGCUUUUCAUCGCUGACUGGUGUGUGUGGGUGUGUGUGUGUGUGUGAGUGUGAGUGUGUGCUCUUUCAGUCGGCGAGGAGGGAGAGUCGACCUCCUCUUUAAGGCGAAAAGCAAUGUGGACACUGUCCCUGUCCUCUGCCUGGGCGUUAACUCGUUGUGGUAUAUCUUUGCAUUAGGUAAUAUAGACCUCAAUGCACUUUGCUUUGACUUGAAUCAGCUCCUUCCAGUGGAAUACCCACAAUUAGCCACUGGAGGGCGCCAAUGUCUUAAAUGUGAAACACUUCAAUUUGUGGAUAUUUGCACAGGUACUUCAUUUAUUUUUUAGAAUAAUAUCAUUAAAACAGGAUUUAUAUCAGUCAGUUGAUGACUGUAUGUACAAUUUAUGAAAAUAGUAUAUAUCUUAGAGCUCAAGGUUUAUUUAUAGCUAGAGCAAGAGAACGUCAAUCUCAUUUCCAGCUGUUUCUGUCAGUGACAAUGGGGGGAAAAAAACAACCCACUUGCAAUCCUGCAUGACUUCAGUGUUUGGAUUCAAAGGGAGAAAUGAUGCACAGCUAGGAGUGGUAGCUUUGCCAAAAUGCAGACUGAACCUAAAUCUAUACAGUAUCAAGAAACGUGUGCGCGACGUGGCUGCAAGCUUUCUUUCCCCUCUCGCACGUGGACAGACAGCUUUUGGGUCAAACACUGGCUUCAUAUUGUUAACUACAAUCAGGGCAGCAAAAAACAAGAAGAAGAAGCUAGGUCUGUUUUUAGAAAUGUACCCACAUGACCUACUCAAAGAGAGUUCAUUUGAAAUCCCUAUUUGGAUUGGGAAGCGUAAAACAUCCUUGAUGUUAUUUAUCCAAGCAAGCCCUGUGUUGCAUUUAAGCCAUAGAAAGACACCGACUGUGUUGUGUAUCAGGUGAAGCAUUGCAGUGGAACCAACUCAAGAUGACAAAAAAAAAUAAAGGCUAUCACGCAAACAACUCGACAUUAGUGGAAGAUGGAGAAACAAUAAAGGUGCAAUCUAGCCAACUUUUUUUUAAAACCUUUGUAGUAAAGGUACAGUAUUUUGAAUCAAGAACGGCUCAGUAUUUAACAUGCACUGUUAAAAAAAAAGAUUUUGGAAGGGAAAAAUGAUGUAUGCAAAAGAGCUUCGCAAAUUUGGUUGCCUUUUCACUGCUUUGCUCUUUGAACUCCUCCCCAACAAUAACAAAAAGCAACUGUAAACUGAGCUUGAGUGGUUGUGAUAUCUACAGGAGAACAUGGAGCUGAAGGUUAAUAAAAUUCACUGAUGUUGGCAUUCCUUCUUUCACUUUGUCUUAGUUUGAUGUCCAAAAUGUCAGCAGUCUGAAGAGUUAGGUCCAGAAGAACUUUUUUUUUUUUUUUUCUUAAUGUUUUUUUUCAUUGGCAGAUUGGAUCCAUCUGCUACCCAACUGCAGCUAAUAAUAAAAUAACCCGCUGAAAUGGUUUAAAAAAAAAUCAAAAUUAUUUGUGACAUAAAGAACACAUUUUUGAUGUAUUUGUUAAUGGGGCAAUUUUUUUUAUUGAGCAGUGAACAGUUUCAAUAAUUCUCAUUUGUUUAUACCAAAAAGUAGGUAUUGCCACGUUUGCCAGGGGGAGCCUAGCUCAGCAUGGAUUGAUCCUAGGAUGUUACCAACCAACACAAGAGAACGUGAAAAAAGAUGGAAGGAGGUAAAGGUGAGCAGAGUCAAGAGUCUCUCCAUGAGCUGCUGUGAAAUGGUCAUGAGAA